CAUCCCAACACGGCUCUCGUAGCCUCAUCUCUGCUCUCUCGUCAAGUUGUCUCCCCCAGGCGUUUGCGACACACGCUUAACAACAUUCCACCUCCUCUUGCUGACCGUCCACGAGUCUCCGUUCGGUGCGCCUCUGAACUUCCAACCGCCGGCGUCCCCGUCGUCCCAAACCACCCAGCUGCCGCAUAGGACUACUCUUAAGGUUCUUCCUCUUUCGGAGGAAGGGUCGAGGAGGCUAGGUCCAGUCAACUUCGGUUGCGAAACGUUCCGUCCUCCCUAACGCGCUUUUGCGUAAAGAAAAGGACUAUUCGCUUUCGUCUCUCUCUUUUUUCUAGCCGAAAAGAGCUCCGUGCCUGAAUUCAGCCGCAUGGUUAUGGCACCUUCAGUCCUCGCGCCCCCUGAAGUAUACGUGACUAAACAGUAUCACGACAAUAAUAAUAUACAUGAGAGCAAUCUCAACCAUAAUCAUGGCGCACAUGAAUUGAAUCAGGCCAAGUUGGCUGCUAGGGACCUAGUCUUUGAGAUCUUGAAGAAACGUGUCCAGAGCAUCGAUGUCGACGAGUGUCGCGCGGGAGAGGAAGAUGCGUUCUACGUCGCGGACAUGGGCGAGAUCUACCGCCAGCAUCUCCGCUGGAAGAUGAACUUGGGUCGCGUGAAGCCCUUUUACGCGGUCAAGUGCAACCCCGAUCCGGAGAUUCUUCGCCUCAUGGCCCAGCUGGGAAAUGGUUUCGACUGCGCAUCCAAGGCUGAGAUCGAUCUCGCGCUGAACACUGGUAUCGACCCCAGCCGCAUCAUCUAUGCCCAGCCCUGCAAGACCAAGUCCUACCUCCGCUACGCGGCCCAGAUGGGGGUCAAGCAGAUGACUUUUGACAAUGCCGAUGAACUGUACAAGAUUAAGGCCAAUUUCCCCGAAGCAGAACUGUACCUGCGUAUCUUGACGGACGAUUCGACUAGUCUUUGUCGUCUCAGCAUGAAAUUUGGCGCCUCUUUGGACAUUGCCCGCCCUCUUCUGGAGCUUGCCCGCGAGCUGGAGCUAAAGGUUGUUGGUGUGAGCUUCCACGUUGGCUCUGGAGCCGAAGACCCGAACGCAUUCCUCAAGGCCGUCCGGGAUGCUCGUGCCGUGUUCGACCAAGCUGCGGAAUUGGGCCACGAGCUCCACACGCUCGACGUCGGUGGUGGCUUCUGUGAGGACACCUUUGAACAAUUUGCAGGUGUUCUUGGUGAAGCACUGGACAACCUUUUUCCACCGAACAUCCGUAUCAUCGCGGAACCCGGUCGUUACUAUGUCGCGAGCGCAUUUACCCUGGCCGCGAAUGUCAUUGCUCGUCGCGACGUGCCCGAUCCGCUGGACCCGUCCCGGGAUGCGUACAUGCUGUACCUCAAUGAUGGUGUCUAUGGCAACUUCUCCAACAUCAUCUUUGACCACCAGCACCCUGUCGCCCAGAUCCUGACAUGCAUGGACUCUUCCGUUCCAUCCACUCCGGGCUCGUCCGAAUCUAGCGUUCCUGAGCAAAAGGGCAUCGAUUACUCCAUCUGGGGCCCGACUUGCGAUGGCAUUGACAUCAUCUCGGAGCGCAUCACUCUGCCCGGUCUCCUGGACGUUGGAGACUGGCUUUACUUUGAGAACAUGGGUGCCUACACUAGAUGUAGUGCCACCCGCUUCAACGGGUUUCCCGAUAACCACGAAGUUAUCUACAUCUCCAGUGAGAACGGCGCCUCUGCCCUGCUCAAUUACUAAGAGUGAUGUGGUUGUCAAACAAGAAAAGAGUGUUCGGAGAGCCCGCUCAUCCGAUCUUCCGUUCGCUCUUUCUCUUGGCCCACUAUUCAUUUGGAGUGAAGAUAAUACGUGAUUUUUGUUCGAGUGUUGUUUUGUGCUUCUUGCCUUGUCCGUUUUCAGAAGACCCGAUAGAGCUUGCCGCAGCGACCCUCACGGCAGCGAUAGAGAAAGAAAAAAAAAGGCUAGAAUUGGGUUAUU